AUGCUGCGAUAUAUAGGAAGGAGGCGAGUCCAUAAUGAGGGUCUAAGGAAGUAUAUCGAGGAAAACACGCGAAUAUCCAAGUCUACGGUCUUUCAAGGUACUCUGUAUGAACACACUGUUAUGAGGGAGCUUCGAGACAAACUGCUCAUAGAGAAAAUGGAGAUGUGUGGAGGGUCAUAUGAUGCAGGUGUUGACAUCAAGGGAAAAUGGCCGCUAAAUAAGAUAUAUGAUGCAGUCAACUCUUCUCAUGGGCUCACUAAAGAUGUUCCAAAGCGUAUAAGUGUAAAUGGAUGCUCUUUUAAGCCAUUGAAGCAUAAAUUGAUGGCGCCUGCACCAUUUAAGCCACUUAAUGUUCUCGUACAGUGUAAAGCAUUUAAGAAUACAAAGAUUACAGGAAGAGAGAUGAGGGAGUUGAUGGGUACAUACUCCUUGAACGUUCCAAGCAACAAAAGAAAUCAAACGGUCUUCAUUAUGAGUGCACCAAAUUUACUGACUCGAGAUGGCUUGCUGGUCAUGAACAGUCUCGCGAUACCAUUGAUAUACGCUAGAAUUGAAAUGUUAAAAUCUCAUCAAGGGUGGUAUGAUUUGGAAUACUCAGGUAAAUUACAAAAUUACUACGAAAAUGAGUAUGCCUCAAAAUUACUAGACGAUUGUGGCAUUCACGAAUGGUUGAAAUCUGCCGCAUAUAAGAAUUAUAGUGACAAUGCUUAG